GGAGAUUUUAUUCAUCACAACAAAAAUGCACAUCGUUUCCUUAAAGCAUUCCGUUCGUUACCGUCAUCCAUGACAAGGUGCGAGUGUCAAAAGUCGUGGCGAGAUGUCGAAAAGUGGAGGCAACGACGCCAUAGGUAUGCGAGGACGCAAGAUGCGGCCGGCGUAGGAGGAGGGGCGCUCGGCAUCUGAAGGUCGUCCGCAUUCCUCGCGUCGCCGUCCGCUGCUACCGCGCUUACGUAGCGCCCCCGUCCGCGCCUCACCGCCGCCCCGCACCGCCGCGCCACACCCCGCCGCGCGCUUCGCAGCCAACCGGGAGAGUAAUAGUCGUAUCGAGAUGCGAUAUGCGCGCUCUGUGUUCGGUUCGCGGGCCGUUGGGUGGGGAGACGCGUGCGCUCGGUGCGGGCGCACGCCUCCUGUCCCUACGUAUGCCCGGCCAGCCUCAGCCUCUACACUUCGUUGUGGAAGCCAAAGCGAGGGUCAAAGAAUUAAAAGCUUUGGCACAAGCGCAAUCACAAUUUCAAGGCAUGGCAGAUACCGAGCUAUUCGGUUUAGCAGUUAUGCAAAAUGGAGAAUACUUGUUCGUUGAUUUAGAAAGUAAACUUUCAAAAUACGCUCCAAAAAGCUGGAGGUCUUCACAUACACACGGCUUAGAUGGCAAUGGCAAACCACUAUUGGAGCUUCACCUGCUUGUUCAAUUUCACGUCGAGAGCCCCCUGCUACUACACGAUGAAAUCGGACGCCAUUUAUACUUUCUACAACUACUAGAAAAUAUUCGUCUAAGAGACGCACUACCCGCCGAAAUACUUUUACUAUUAAUCGGUUUAGCAUUGCAAGCUAAAUUUGGCGAUGAAAAUCUUUAUGAAGAUAAAGAAUAUUUUAAGGUUGAAGAUUUUACUCCGCCAUCAUUAACUGGUAAUUGGGUUUCAUCAGCUAUACGCGCUUGUCAUCGCGAACAUCGAGGUCUUUCGCAAAGUGAUGCUGAAGUGAGAUUCAUUCGUGAAGUUUGUCUUCUUCCGGAUACUAUUAAUUCACACAGAUAUCGACUAAAGCAAUCUAAAUCAGAAUUAGAACCAGGAACAGUAUGGCUUCUAGUUACAGCCAAGGGCAUUAAAAUUUUACCAGACAAUGGGUCUAUAUCUAGUUUUGUAUGGAGCUCUAUUGGUAAACUUAGUUUUGACAGAAAGAAAUUUGAAAUAAGAACUGAAGAUGGAAAAUUUACUUUGUAUUCUUCUAGCGAAGAAAAAUGCAAAUAUCUUUUUGCUUUAUGUAAGGAAACACAUCAGUUUUCUAUGAAAAUUUCCCCUAAGUUAAGCGAUAUUUUAAGAAAAGAAGAAAAUGAAAGGAAAAAUUGUUAUACAUAUUUAAAGUCUUUUAACUUUCAAUACUGCCAGAAUAAAAAUGAACAAAGAAUUUCUCUUAUAUCUUCUACAAGUUCAAAUACUACAUCAGGUAUUGUCAGUGAUCGAGUACAAUCCGAAGAUGAGUUAGAAAUUAUGAUUGACUCACCUCCAGCUCCUUCUACAGAAAGUUUAGCAUUAGCUCAUUUACUAGACUACUCAAACUCCUAUUUCAUUCGUCACAUUCCUCAAGAAGUACAUACAAACAAUAAAUCGUCAUCACCGCUGCAAACAUGUAAAACAAGAAUAAAGAAAAGUAAAGAUGACGGUGAAACUGUAACUAAAAGGGAUAUUUCCUUAGACAUAGGUAGCUGUUCAACAAAUUAUAGAGUUGAAUCUGUUCAUUUAUCAGAUAAAAGUGUUAGUGAAAAACUAACAGACAGUCCAACCUCUAGCAAAAUGAAAUGUACUGGAUCACAAUGUUCGUCAUCGUGCAGUACUGUAAUAAUGGCACGUGGAGGACUUAGUACCCUUAGCAGAGCAUCUAAUGCAAGCAGUUUAGAAUUAGGAUACAGUCACACGGCUCAAAAUUCAAUGAUAAGUGAUAAUAGUGCUGCUGAAAUAGAUGGUGAAUACACCCAAGAUUCAGCAUCAGCUCUAUAUGAUGGUCUUGGCCAACCGAUUACUCUAGCUGCUUCCAGCGAGACAAGUGGAGUGUAUACAAUGGGUAGUUCGGAGUUAACAGCACCAUCUAAAAUGUACACUCAUUCUAAAGGAACCAGAACAGAAUAUAGUAGCUCACAUUAUGAUAGUUAUAAAAUAUCAUCAAAUGAAAACGACUUUGCGGAUAUCGAUAGUGUUUCAUCCAUAUUAAAAAACAAGUCACAGAGAAUCAACCUGUCACCCAAAAACUUAAGAUUAAAUGUUACUUUGGGUAACACUGAUUGUGUAGAUGGCGUAGCAAAAUAUCAUAGCAAGGAACAUGAAGACAAAGAAAACUUAUUUCGGGAAAGAACAAAUUCUAACGUUAGCGCUAUGUCAUUUCAUGGUGAUGGAAGUGAUCCAACAGAUAAUAAACAUAAUUUACUUAGUGCAAGUGAAUUGAGUGACUUAAUAGUAGGUAGAGGAGUUUAUCCCAAAAAUCAGUCAGUAAGUGACACAUUUGACUCUGUAUCUGAUUACGUAAAAUUACCUUUGCCUUUUUCCGGUGAUAGUUACCUCCAAGGACACGAAGAUACAGCUCCUUCCGAUGACAAUUAUCCUAACGAUUCUUUCUUUGACCGACCUCCUACGCCCCCAACCAGAAUUGACAGUCGUAUAGGAUUAAAUUUGUCGCUACCAAAUAUUCUUGACUUAGAUGAAAAUGAGCCUAUUUUACCCAAGUGUCCUGAUAAACCACCGCCGCCUUAUGAAUAUAAACAUCUUACACUCGCACCAUACUCAAAUACACCUUUAAAACCCCCACCAGCUUACCCCGGGGCCACUAUAUCAAAUCCUAUAAAACAAACUGGUGAAAAAGAAGAAGUUGCUGCCAGAGUUGUAACUUCUAAACCAAUGAUUACCAUAUUAAAAGCUGAAGCUGGUGAGGUUAAUGUUUCUGGUGAACGCACAUUUGCAAGUCCUAUGGUCGUAGAACAUCGUUUUCAAAAAUCGAAAAGACUUCAAGCAUCCAGUCGUAGAGCAGAACGGUCGAAAUUAGCACAAGGUCUAAGCAAUAAUCUUUCGCCAUCCAGAGAAGUACACGUAGACUCAAAUGUUCUUGUCGCAAUGAUGAAAUUACCACCUCCACCACCCCCACCACGUCGGCCGCGACUACCACCUCCUCCACCAGUUUCUCGAUUACCACCACCACCUCCUCCCCAUAACCAAGUUUUUCAACAACAGUUGUAUAGUGAUGUUGAUUACGUUUACUAUCCACUUCAAGACCCUUCAAUAUCGCAACAGAACUAUUUAGAUCAUAAACUAACUGAAUCACGAUUAUCUAAUAUACAUAAAAAUAGCUUACAAUACAGAAGCACGCCAUAUUUGUCAAUAUCUUUAUCCGCCUCAUCAACGUAUGGAUCAAUACAAAAUCUUUCUGAUUCUUAUAUACAAAUACCAGGCACUCGGACUAGUUGGCAAUCUGUGACUAGUAGAACUUCUUUUAGUAACCAUUCAAUCAAUUUGGAAAGACCUCCAAUACCAACAUGUGUAGCAGAACAAACUUUUGCUCGAACAAAAUCACAUGAUAAUAUACUUCAUGUUAAGGAUCCGCCUCAAAUAAAAACAAGAAGAAUGCCGCCUCCACCACCUCCGCCACCUUAUGAGCAUAAAAAAAAGAUUCCGUGUUAUUUAAAGGAGUCAAAAAAUCUCAAUUGUAACAUUGUCAAUAAUAAUCCUAGUGAAACUAAAGUAAGAACUUCUAAUUGUGAUCUAGACAUAAAAACAUUACGAGAAAAAAGUAAAAAUCUUGAUUUGCCUUUAAUUGCUGCUUUGUGUAAUGACCGUUCGUUAUUAAAACAAACUAAAGCUUUUGGUGCUACAAAACUAACUAAACAUAGUAGUAGUGACUGUGAAAGUGAAAUAAAAAGUGCAAAGUGUUCUCAAAACACCACCGACAAUUUAGACCUUAAAAAUAGACCAGAGUUAAACACUAGAAAGGUAGUGACAGUGUCACAGAAAAAAAUUUUAGGGCGAAAUCCUACAGAUAAACUCCCUGCAUUGCCUGGUUCUGAAACUCACACUCCUAGAGCUUUGUCCAAUACAUAUGUAAUGCACCCAAGCGCAGUUAAAUUAAAGAAAAGUCAACCUAGCUCAUGACGUGGCCUUAGGAUUUAUAGUUUGUUUAGGAAUGUGAAUCCUUCCAGUGCUAUGAACACUCAGCCUUCCGCCGCCAAUUUUAAUUUUGUAACUAAAGACUGAGAUUAGACGAUAAAACGAUCCCACUGAUGUUAAGUACUAGAAUUUAGUUCUAAUGUAACACAUAAAAUAAUAACCAAGAGAUUAAAAUUACUGAUAUAUAUAGGCAAUGUAACAAAUAUUCUAACUACCGCAGUUUUAGUAUUCUUGGAUUUGUAAAUAUUGCCUUCUUUAAUUAGGCCUUUUAUAUAUUUUUUUAUGCUCUAGGAAUUUGAGUUCAGAAAUAUCAAAGUAAUAAUGAAUUCAGUUGUAAAGUGUACAAAAGUAAUUUAUUUAUUGAAAACAAUCAUGAAUUGUUAAAUUCUCUAUUAAAUAGUGAAUUAUUUUAACGAGAAAUAAUAAUAAAUACUCACUAUUAUGUGUUAACCCGAGGUAAAAAUAACGUUUAAUAAGUAGGAAUAUCUGAAGUCAUUGCUAAGUUUUCAUUAAUUAUAGAAAUGUAAUAUUAUCCACAUCUAUUUAUUUUUGUUCACAAUCGUGUACAUAACAGGUAAUUAUUUUAUUAAGUACAUCAUAUUGUCCAAUGUGUACAAAUGUAUAGUAAAUUUUUUCAAAUGA